CCCUUUGACUCAGCAACACACUUUUAGAAAUCUAGUGCAUAGGAAAAGCACCUCAAGGCAAGGGUCCUCGGACUAGGGUGCCCACUGCAGCCACAGGUGCAUUGGAGAAAGGUCUAGAAACCCGAGCAGGGGCACCCGGGCGGGAGUGUGCACUGCAGCCGCCGAGCAGGCCAGGAAUGCACAUUUCAGGACAAGGACCAUCUAUUUCUCUGGGAAACUCUGCCCAUCCCUUGGUCCCAGGUAAAGGACCCCCUGGGCUCCCUCCUGAGGCAGGACCACCACAGCCCUGCUGCUGCCCAGAACCCAGUGGAGAGGAGUGGGAUGGACCCUGACACACCCUCUUGGUCCUCAGCACCCCAACAUGUGAUAAAAGCUGGAUGGCAGGUGGGCUGGCCCUCUCCAGUGCAGGAGAAAAAGGGGAACCCACCAGAGCACUCCAGAAAAGAGGAAGGUACAGCUUGUGGGGUGGUUUUUUUUGGGGGGGGGGAGCUGAACCAGGGGUUGAAAAAGAGGAACCCCAGCCAGGCAAGAUCCACCUGAAGAAGGUCAUUGUUACCGCUAGUGCCAGAGAAAAGAGGAUCCAGAAAUGGCGGGGGAUUUCCAGCCUGCGCUCACCCCCUUUCCUGAGAAGGAAAGAGUGGAGGGGUGGGGGCUGGCAGGCCGUGAGCAAACACCGCCUCCUCGCCCCAGGAGCAGCCCGGGUUCUGGCUCUCGAGGGCGGGGGAGGGUACCCUCAGCAAGCUGGGCACAGGGCCGUGGGAAGCGCUGCGUUCUUCCUAGAGAGACUUGGCAUCCUGCAAGAAGAAGUCAAGGCUAUGUACUUCUGGCUUGUCUGGUUGUCCAUCUUCAUUGCAAGCUGGAGGAAGGCAGGUGAAGGGGCUCCUGGAGGGGGUGGCGACUCUGGGGUCCUAAGGUGUUGAGGGGUGGGCUGGGUGGGGCAGAACCGAGGCCCACCAUGCCAGGGACCCUUUGUGUGCCCAUCGCCCUCGUGUUGCCUGUUCCCCCGGCAACGGUGACUCACAAAGCCGGCCCGCGGCGGAGGCGGCCUCCUCUCGGCCCUGGAGGGGGUCUGGGUCACAAAGGCCACCAGGGCCUGCCCCGGAGGAGGCAUGCCCCAAGACAGCCCUGCACAGUGCUCGCCCCUGCAGCCACGACCCCAGCCCGGCGACCGGGCGUCGGGGCGCCCAUGUGCGUCGUGUGCUUCGUGAAGGCGCUGGUGCACGUGUUCAAGGUCUACCUGAGCGCCAACUACGCUUACAACUUCCGCGGCUGGCCGGUGGACUUCCGCUGGGACGACGUGCGCGCCGCAGGCGCGGGGGGCAGCAGUCAUCGCGCGCUCACGUGCGCGGCGGCCGCGGCGGGCGUGUGGCUGCUGCGCGACGCAGCGCUGGGCGAGGACGUGCCGGGGCGGCCGCCGCGCGGGGCGCGUAGCCAGGCGCAGUGCCUGCUGCAGCAGAUCCGCGCGCUGCCGGGCCAGCUCGCCAGCUAUGUGCUCGCGCACUCGCUGGGCCGCUGGCUCGUGUACCCUGGCUCCGUGUUCCUGACGACGCGUGCGUUGCUGCCGCUGCUGCAGCAGGGCCAAGAGCGCCUCGUGGAACGCUACAGUGGCCGGCGCGCCAAGCUGGUGGCCUGUGACGGCAAUGAGAUUGACACCAUGUUCAUGGAUCGCCGCCAGCACCCGGGCAGCCAUGGCCGCGGCCUGCGCCUCGUCAUCUGCUGCGAAGGCAACGCUGGCUUCUACGAGAUGGGUUGCCUGUCGGCGCCACUCGAAGCCGGCUACUCAGUGCUGGGCUGGAACCACCCGGGCUUCGGGGGCAGCACGGGCACACCCUUCCCUCAGAACGACGCCAACGCCAUGGAUGUGGUGGUCAAGUACGCCCUGCACCGCCUGCACUUCCCACCCACGCACGUGGUGGUCUAUGGCUGGUCUAUUGGCGGCUUCACCGCCACCUGGGCCACCAUGACCUACCCGGAGCUGGGAGCGCUGGUGCUGGACGCCACCUUCGACGACCUUGUGCCGCUCGCGUUAAAGGUCAUGCCCCACAGUUGGAAGGGGCUGGUGGUGCGCACCGUGCGUGAGCACUUCAACCUCAACGUCGCUGAGCAGCUGUGCUGCUACCCUGGGCCAGUGCUGCUGCUCCGGCGAACACAGGACGAUGUGGUCAGCACCUCUGGCCACCUGCCCUCCUUGUCGCCCGGCGACGUGCAGGGCAACCGUGGCAACGAGCUGCUGCUGCAUCUCCUGCAGCACCGCUACCCAGCCGUGAUGUCGCGUGAAGGCCAAGCCGUUGUGACCCGCUGGCUGCGCGCCAGCAGCCUGGCACAGGAGGCCGCCUUCUAUGCGCGCUACCGCGUGGACGACGAGUGCUGCCUGUCGCUACUGCGCUCCUACCGCGUGCGCUGCGAGGAGGAGCUGGAGGACGAGGAGGUCAGGGGGCCGCACGGGCCUGCCUUUCCCUGGCUUUUGGGCCAGAGCCUGAGCUCGCGGCGGCGCCGGCAGCUUGCGCUGUUCCUGGCGCGCAGGCACCUCAAGAACGUGGAGGCGACUCACUGCUGCCCGCUGGAGCCGGAGGACUUCCAGUUGCCCUGGGAGCUGUAGCUCGAGCACCGGGGCUUGGGUCCAUUCCCCUCCCCAUAUCCCCAACCAGUAAAGCUGACCCUGUGGGGGCAUCCUGACCUGGUGUACGGGGAGAGUGGGCAGCUCAUCUGGACCUGGUGUUCUCCGUUCACUGGCCGCUGACUUUCCUUCCGUUCUUCCUUGUGCUUCCUUCCUUUCUUUCUCUUGCUGCCCCUAGCACUUUUGGACGCCUGUGCCCAGCUCCUAAAGGGAAUGCAAAGAUUAACCUGACCCAGUUUAUGGCAACGCUGUGUUGGGACUGGAUCACCACAAGGGUGAUGGGAAUAGGGGCUGGGGGGCCACAGGAUGGCUCCUGGAAAGGUGAUACCAGCUGACUGUUGAAGGGUGUGUACAAGUUGCCCCCUAGCUGUGAAAGGACAUUUGCAUUGAAAGACUAUAAAGCAGUUCUUAACAGCU